CACCAAUUGAACGACACGGACCUACUCAACGUCUGAGCAAAAAAAAAAAAAGAGGUUGACUGCCGAAGUAACUAACAAUAUCGAAUGUAAUGGUCGUCUCAUCGGUUGGAGUAUUUUAGCUUGAUUGUGUUAUCCUUCAAUCAUAUCGUACCAUCAACGGCAGGUGAUGCAGUGAAGAGAAAACCCUCCAGGCAUUAGAAGGCUCCAAAGUUGAGAAGGGGGAGAAACUCCAAGAACGAUAGAAAAGAUGGAGUCCACGAAUGAGCCAAGGCCGGGAGACGACGCCUUCAAUGGCUUCCAAAUGAGCCUCCCAGAGAACUGUGUUGAGUACAUGCUCUUCAUCAUCAACGAUCAGCCUGAAGCCCAAAGAACCACGCUCUCGAGCCUGGAAACAAUCAGAAAAGUGGCCCUUCAAAGGCUUGAUGAGCUCACCAAAGAUUACAUCUGGCAACGCGAGCCUUUGAAGCUUGAAACGAGGAUUGAUAAUGGUUUGGUUUACCUCCAUGGCCGUACUGAUUAUGGGGACAAUGUCGAAGACGAAUGGUUGAUAGUCUACUUUCUUCGAACCUUAAGCAUCUCCUUCCCCAACCUAUGGAUCCGCAUCUUCGACAGCGACGGCGAAUUCCUCCUCAUCGAAGCCGCCAAAGUCCUCCCCAAAUGGCUGAGCCCCGAGAAUGACACCAACCGCGUAUGGAUCAACCGCGGCCAACUGCGCAUCAUCCCCCUUCUUCCCUCCUCCUCCUCCUCCUCCUCCUCCUCGCCACCUUCUUCCAAGGCCCAUCAUCAAAUCUCCCUCCACGAAGCCCUCUCAAUAAUCAGGACCAACCCCAACAUCCUCAUCCACUCCCCCCUCAUCGAAGCCGAAGCCUUCUACCGCCUAGAGAAAUAUCCCGGCCAAAUCGCUUCUUCCCUCCACCACACCCUCGUCACCAUCCCUCGCAAACUAGCCUACAUCCUCCACGAGCGCCCAAAAGCCGUCGCCCCCGCUAUCGAGGCCUUCUACCUCCGCGAUCCCGCCUCGCUGAAACCGCUUCUCUCCCCCACUCCGGACUCCUUGCUGUUCCCACCAACAGACCUCGUGACCAUCAGCGUUCGCCUCACCAAGGUCCUCUACGCCCAGCUCAAGUCCCAGCACUUUGAUCCGCCGCCGGUAUGGAGGGAGCACUUCCUCCAGGCUGCGCAGCUUAACGAAGGAGGAGGACUGUCUGUGUCUGAAAAGGACGAGGGCAAGCAAGCCCUCCAGAAGCUGCAAACGCUCGCCAGGUUGGAGAUGGGCAUGAAGCUCACCACGGGCUUUGAGAUCCUUGCUCGCGGCGCUGAGAAGAGCGAUAGUCGUGUUGCGAGGGAGGUGGCGCUGUUGCUUGAGGAUCUGGCGGAGGACGGCGAGGAGGCGGCGCUGCCGACUGAUGAGGAGAUCAGGAAGUGGAAGGAUGUGGAUAGGGAGGAUGAUGAUACGUGGAUGGAUAUUGAUUUUGCGGAUUUUGAGAGGGAGUUGGCUGGAGGUGGGGGGCAAGGGCAGACGCAGCAGCAGCAACAGCAGCAGAAGGCUGGUGAAGAUAACAGAGGUGCAGGAGGGGACGCUAUACCGACCUUCGGAGAUUCCACGACACAAGCCGAUCUACGAAAGAUCGUCUCCCGAUUCGAGGCAUUCCUGAAUGACGAAACAGCAGGUCUGGAUGGGGCUGAGAUUGAUGAGAUGGACCAGGAUGAUGACGACGACGACGAGGAGGACUCAGAUAUCGAUAUGGACAGCGAGGACGAAGACAAGGAAGUGAGUUUCGACGAAGAGCAGUUCUCAAGAAUGAUGAGAGAGAUGAUGGGGAUACCGACAACACCAACCUCAACAACAACAAAAUCCGAGACCACCGCCUCGCAAAAUCCUGACACUCGGGGCAAGGGCAAGGGCAAAGACGAGGACGUGGACAUGGGCAAGGAUGAGCAAGAGGAACUCGAAGCUCUCAUGGCUCAGAUGGAAAAGGAACUCAACUCGUAUGGCGCACUACAGCUAGACCCUCAAAAGGCCAAGACCAAGACCUCCACGAGAGCAUUGAAGGGUGAGGUAGAAGAAGGGUCAUCGAAGGGCGAGACUCGAGAAAUAGUCAAGACCACGGCGGCGGAUGGUGAGAGUGAUGAUGAUGAUGAUAUGGACGACGAGGAGGAAGAGGAAGAGGGGGGAGGCGAUGAUGUCGACCUUGACUAUAAUCUGGCCAAGAACUUGCUGGAGAGCUUCAAGAGCCAGGCGGGCAUGGCGGGUCCAGCGGGCAACCUGCUUGGGUUGAUGGGUAUGACGUUGCCCCGUGAUGAAGAGGAUUUGGAUGGAGAGGGUAAGUCCUAGCUAGAACACAUGAGCUUGGUGGAAUAGAUGUUCAGAUGGUCAUCAUGAUAAGGCGUCUUGGAGGAUCUCAUCAAUGUCCUUGGACAAUAUUACAUUGCAAACAAAUUGUGGGUUUCUAGGGAUUUAACAACGGCCAAAUCAGCUCGCAAAUAGCGAAAAGGAAGAGCAUCGGUAGGCGGAAAGGGACAACGCUCCCACUUAACAAGCAUUCCAAGGUCGAACCACUCAUAGACUGAAACCAAACAUCGUUGAGAUUGUCCCUGUAAUACAGUAUUACGUUGAAUAG